AUGCUGAGAAUAACAGACAGAAUGACAAAGAAUUUAAUCACAGAAGUAAUGGAGAAAGACAGUAAGGAAGAUUUCAACAAAGCUCAAGGUGAGGAGAAGGGUGAAAACAUUAGGCAUAACAUUUUCUCUUUGGGAGAAAAAAAAAUGCUGACGGGAAAGCUAGUGGAACAUAUAACUGGAGUAGCCUUGUUGGAUCUGAAAAACUGGAAGCACUAGAUAUUCUAUUUCCUGAAUCAAAAGAAACAGUCAUCAAAAUCUGCAAAGACUUUUAUUUACUUUACAAUUUAACCAACACUGAUUCAAAUGCUGAUGACUUUUACCUUGACAUUUUCUGGAAAUCAAAAGAUUUUAUAUCUUUGUUUUGCUCAGUUGGCGGUGUUCAAAUAGGCUAUGAAAAGAAACGAGUAACCACACACAUGCAUGCACUAGUGUAUCAUGUACCAAUUUUUAUUAAGAAUCACAAAAAAUUUAGACAUUUCACAGGUCAAGGCGUUGAAAAAAACAAUGACGAUGCCAAGAAAAUAUGUUUCCAAAAAUCAAAUAGAUGGGAUGGGGCUCGGGAUGUUCUGCUUGUGGAAAAUAAGCAGCAGUUACUACGCCACUGCGAGAGAGAAAAGAGGCAAUACCAUAAAAGAAAUGCAGCCUACUGGGAGAAUGACAUCAUUGAAACAAGAAAGAAAUGGACAAAAGCAUGUUUACGAGAAAUACAAAUUAAUCACAGUGCAUCUGUUGAACAGGGAAGCAACUCAAGUGAAAAUAAAUAUAACAAAAUGACUGUUAAGCAGUUGAGACAGGAAAUCAAAUCUGCCAGUAUUAAUGUGAGAGGGCUGGCAAAGAUGAAAAAAUCCAAUUGGUUGAGAUCUUAA